CGCCCCUGCAGUGUAGCGCCUUCCACCGCCCCCCUGGCCUGGGGUCCCCUGGCUUCCCUCCGGGCGCGGCCUCAUGGCCGGGGCUCAGCGCUUUCGGUUCCGGGAGAAGCCCGGCCCUGGAACGGACGGGGCGGUGCUGGAGCUCUGCGUCCCGCAGGUCCUGCAUGCCCAAUAUGGGAUGUAUGUUUGGCCCUGUGCUGUAGUCCUGGCCCAAUACCUGUGGUUUCACAGAAGAUCUCUACCAGGCAAAGCUGUCUUAGAGAUUGGAGCUGGAGUGAGCCUUCCAGGGAUUUUGGCUGCCAAAUGUGGUGCUAAAGUAAUACUAUCCGACAACUCAGAGCUGCCCCACUGUUUGGACAUCUGCAGGCAAAGCUGCCAACUGAACCACCUGUCCCAGGUACAGGUUGUGGGGCUGACGUGGGGCCACAUCACUAAGGACCUCCUGUCUUUGCCACCACAAGACAUCAUUCUUGCAUCUGAUGUGUUCUUCGAACCAGAAGACUUUGAAAGCAUUUUAGCCACAGUAUACUUCCUGAUGCAGAGGAACCCCAAAGUUCAGUUUUGGUCUACCUACCAGGUCAGAAGUGCUGACUGGUCACUUGAAGGCUUGCUCUACAAGUGGGACAUGAAAUGUGUCCACGUUCCUCUGAAGUCUUUUGAGGCAAACAAGGAAAACAUAGCAGGGUCUACCCUCCCAGGAAGACACACUAUCGAGAUGCUGGUGGUCUCCUUGUCGAAGAACAGCUUCUGAAUUAGUGUCAAGUCCGACAGUCAAGGUUGUAAGCAGAUGCACGCAAUGGGCCUGAAGAUGGAUUUAAGACUUUGAUGUCACACUCACGGGCAAUGUUAUUUUUAACAAAUUAAAACACUUGAAACAA